UCGCGCUCGGACUGCUGGGGGUUUCCGGCCAUCUUUCUCUCUCUACUAAACUAAGCUGUUUCUGAACUCCCCCGCUUUGCAAUAUGACCACACACACAAUCCUGCUCAUGCAGCGAUCGAGCUCCAAGGAGACCCGGACAUACGAGGACUUUGACACGCUGGAGGAAGCCCUGGAAAGUGUUAUUCGUAUGUUUGAGACGCGUCUCAAGGCGCUGUGCCCAACAGCCGAGCAUUUGAACUAUAGCCUGGAUGACUUGAAUCGGUUUAUCGACCAGCACAAGGAGUUUUGCAUGUUGGUACUGGACGCCAAGACGCAGACAUACGAGUCCAGAGAUGUUGCGUGGAUCAAGGUGCGAAUCCACGACCACCUGCGCAGGCUUCUGGCCAUGAGCAAGAAAUGACCACAUGUGCAUAUUCUGGUAACGCCGCAUGUGAAUGUAUUUUUCUU